AUGGGGCUCUGUUUCAGCAAGAAGCACCCGGAGAAGGCGCCGUCACAACCGCCGGCCCCGGCACCGCAGCCUAUCGCGGUGGCCGGCGCCAAGCCCAAGAAGCCCAGCAAGGUCGCCGCGGCGACGGUGCCAACCGACGAGAAGGCCAAGAAGGCGCCGCCGCAGCCAAAGCGGGCGUCCAACGCGGAGGACUCCAAGAAGGCGGCGCCGAUCGUCGUGAAGGCCAAGGCGGCAGCGGUCGCGGAGGAGGCGAGGCCGGCUGCGGCGGCAGUGGUGGCCAAGGGGCCGGCGCCGGUGCGCACGUCGAGCUGCACCAAGGAGGAAGUUGACGCGAUCCUGAUCCAGUGCGGCCGCCUCAGCCGGAGCUCCUCCGGGACCGGCAUGGCCGCGGCGUCGAGCGAGACCGGCGGGCACCGGAGGCAUUCGGGGUCGAAGAGGAGCUGCGACCUCGAUCGGGAGAGGAGCGGUGCGGAGGAGGAGGGCGACUGGGAGAGGGUCCCGGUGUCGAGGCCGUCGCCACACCGCGGCUCGCCGCAGAGGAAGCGGUCGGGCAGCCGGGAGAGGACCAGCGGCGGCGGGAGCCGCAGGUCGAGCCGGUCGCCUGGACGGCGUGGGGAUGGCGCGGCCUCCGCGAGCUGCGGCGGUGCCAGGCAGCAGCAGCCUGGGAAGAUGGUCUCCGUGCCGGCGAGGGAGAAGGGGCCCGCCGCGUCGUCUGGGAAGCGGUGCGCGUCUCCGCGGUCCAGCUCGCCUGCGAGGGUGGUGGCAGCAGCUGGGAACGAGAAUGCUGGUGGCGGGCAGCAGAAGACCGCGGCGCAAGCGCCGUCGCUGAGCCGGAGCUCGUCCAGGAAGGCCGAGCAGUCGCCGCUCCGGCGCAGCCCCAUGGCAGAGAUCGACGAGAAUUCCCUCCGCAACAACAACAAUAUCAGCAGCACCAAUGCCAAGCCCCUGAAGAAACCGACGGAGAUAGCCGUUGCCACCCCGACCAGGAAGACCACCACGGAGCGUGCAAAGGAGCAGAGUUCACUGAAGGAGAAGCCGUCAGAGACCAGAGCACCACCUUCGUCGAAGACCACCGCCGGGACGCGCACGGUGAGCGUCGUGGCCGAGAGCACCCACCCGAGGUCAGGCUGCCGGUCGCGCCGCGCGUCGCGCGACUUCGACCAGAACCCCAACCUGUACCUGCUGGAGGACAUCCAGAGCUACCACACCUCCGCCGCGGCAGCGGCAACGGCGCCGUCCUUCACGCUGCCAGCCUGCGUCUCCAAGGCGCAGUCCAUCGUCGACGCCGUGGCCGACCUCAACUCCUCCUCUUCGGAGAGCCGCUCCUUCGGGCCUGGACGGAGCGCGGACGACAAGGGCUCCGUCAACGCGGCGGUCGGCGGGGACGUGGACCUGGCCGAGCCGAGCGUGCACAAGUACGUGUCGGUGCGGGACAUCCGCGGCCGUGGGGAGACCGAGAUGCAGGAAUCCGCCGGGAGCAACACCCUGUCCGGCAACGUGUGGACGCCGUCGUGCGAGUCCACGGACCGGACGUGGAGCACGUCGCGGUCGUCCAACCACGGCGACGAGGUCGUCGAGCAGCCCCGGCAGAGCAGCAAGCAGAGGCCGGCCGCGCAGCCGGAGCCCAGCGUUCGCUCGCGUGCCGGCAGCUCCGGAGCUGCCAACAAUGCUCACCGCGGACGCAGCGCUCAUCGCGGCAGUGGCAGCGGCGCCGUGGCCAGCGGCCGAUCGGGUGCCCGUGGCGUCGUCUCGGCGAGCUCGUAG